GGGCCCCACUUGACCCGAUUAUUUGACAAGUCCCUAGAAGCUCUUCCUGCUCACCCGGUCGUCGAAAGCCGAAUCCAACGGCGCGCCGCGACUGCUCUCCACCGCCUUGUUCCCCUGCCGUAGCGCCGCUUCCCUCCGUCAAGCCCUUGUAAAUGCGCGGCCCGAUUGCCCGAAGCCCCCCGAACAGAGUUUAAUCGCCACAGGAGGAAGCCAUUGCCGUGGUUUCCCAUCUCCAUUCAUGUAGUCCUCUUCUCCUGAGAGAGAGAGAAAGAGAGGGGCGGAUUCGGUUUCUUGGAUUGGUUUGAAAAAAAAAAAUCGGUUUCUUGGAGAUUCGAUUCCGAAGCUGGGAUCGGUUGGAGUUCUUGAGGCGGAGGCGGUUCUUGUUUCUUGUAACCGAAAGGUGGUGGCAGUUGGAACAUGAGCACGGUGUGUGAAGUGUGUGGAGAUAUUGGUUACAAGCAUCUUCUGGUAUGUUGCAGAGACUGCAUGUGUUCUGCUGCGCACCAAUACUGUUUGGACAAAGUUGUCUUUGAUGCAUCAUUAGCAGACUGGUUGUGUUAUGAAUGCCUACAAAGGUGUGGUGAAGCUUCUUGCAGCAGAUCUCUAGAGAAGGUGUCAAGUGAAAGGCCACCAAGUCAUGCUCAUUUUGGUUCUACAGUACAUCAGCCAAUUACCAAGAGAGUGGAGUCAGCAAGGCAUGCAGGGCCAUGGAGAAAUAGAAAAAGUAAAUCAUACAUGAUUAAACAUGCAUCUCUCAAUAAAAUUUAUUCUUCACGAAAGAAGCACACUAAAAAGAAGCCAAAUAUGCGACCAAUGGGCAACUGCACCAAUAGAAAAGGACGAAUUGCUACAAGUACUGCCCACACAAGUGCGAAGGCAUUACAUUCUUGUGAAACCAUUGGGACAGAAACAUCUAAGAGCAACAAUGGUGAGAACCAGCAGGUUGACAAUGAAAACUCUGUUGCAUUGAACAUUAAGCAGCCUAGCCCCUUGAUUGUGAAUUGCUUGGGUUAUACAUUGGGAGAUACUGACCAGUCUCACCUCUUGAAAGCAAUGGAAGGGUUGGCUUGUAGUUCGAAGGAAGCCCCACAAUCGCUAACAGCGCCAUUCAAAUUAGUUAUGAAGACAAAGAAUGUGGUUUUAGGAUCAAAUAAAUUAAAGUCAUCAAGUCCCACAGCUGAUCAUGGAAACUCGAUUCUUGAAAAAAGUGGAGACAAAUCGAAUAGCAUGAAGGACAGUGGUGCAAACUUGUCAUGCAAAUACACCGAUCAUGACAAUCAGACAAAUCAACACGCUUCAGUUGGCUGCAAGAAUACAAAAGUCAAGUCUGAAAAGGAUAAUAGAACUGUGGCUGAUGCACAUCAAAACAAACACUGGGCAGCGGCCUCACUGAGAAACAGCAAGGACAAGUCUGAAGCACAUGGUGAUAGUAGUAGCAACGUCAUAGAUAGCUUGACGCUGGAAAGAGAUAAGGAAGAGGUCAGAUUCCAACUGGAUUAUAGGGCUAGCAAUGAGUGGCCGCAGAGAAGCAUGGCUGCCAAUGUACCACUCUUGUCCACUCUGCAAAAUGAUGUUGUGGACAAAGUCAUGCCAUAUUCACCAAAUGAUGGUUGUGAGAAAGUGUUUCCCUGUGCUGGCAUAAAAAACAUCCCAAGUGUUCGAGAAAGAAGUAUAGAUUCCGUUGAUAUUUCAAGCAGCUCUCAACAAGAUACCACACAAUCAUCAGAAAGCAGUGAAAGAUUCGCUGAGUGUCAGAAGGGUAGCUCUUGUCAUCGUGGGAAAACUGUAAUGGUUGCCACAACAUCCUUGUCAUCUGAGGAGUCAGGAGAAGACAUUCCCUCUGAAAAGGAAUGUUUGGAGUCGGAUGAUCUUCAGGCACCCCCAGGGGCUGAUUAUGUUCUAUCACGUACAAGUUAUCUAUCUGAAGCACAGAAGGAGAGAGUAAUGGCAUUUAUCCAGGAAACUCAACCUGAAAUCACUGUUUUUGUAGCAAUCAUGCGGAAGAGCAGUGUUGAACCCCCGGGUCCUUUUCUGGCUAUUUCCAAGGAAUAUGCAGUUGCACAUUUCCCACAUGAAAGCUCAACUGUCACACUUCAGAGGCCUGGCAAGAGCAAGAAGUGGCAUCCCUUAUUCUACAAAAGAAAUGAGAGUAGGAAGUACAUGCUUAUGGGACGGUGGUUAGACUUUGUCCAUGACAAUCAUUUGCAGGAGGGAGAUAUCUGCCUCCUUGUACCGACAAAGGGUGGGGGAAGAUCCACGUUUACAGUCUAUCUACUUCGUGCAACAGCAACUCAUUCCAGAGGAGGAGCUGGUUUUCAAAGGGUUGGUCCAUGCCCUGGUGGUUCUAGUGCAGAAGUCCAUAUUGAGGAACCAACCGAUGAAGCACAUGUUUCCUCGGAAAGAGACAUGCAUGAAAUUUCUCACGAAUCUCUGGAGAGCGAAGACUAUGGUGGUCCAUCUCAGCCUCCCUACAUUGUACCAUGCAAGAGUGAUCUAUCUAAAUCCCAAAAGAAGAUUGUUGAAGAGAGAGUGCGAGCCAUCCAAUCCAAAGUUCCCAUUUAUGUAGCAGUAAUGAAGAAUAACAACGCUGGCGUCGCUCAGCGUUGGAUGCUAGAAUUAGGUGUACGAUAUGCUGCUUUAUAUCUUCCAGCUAGUGGGCAAACUGUGAUGCUCCACUGCAUGGGGAAGACAUGGAAAACCCAGAUGGUGAUUCACAAUGGUAGAAGGUGGUUUCUUAAUGGAGGUUGGACCAAAUUUGCUCGUGACAAUGGUCUUCGAGUCGGUGAUAUAUGUCUAUUCGAACUGAAGAAGAACGAGAGGAAGCUUACAAUGACGGUCCAUAUCAUUUCCAGGGAGCAGUUUAGUUUGUAGAAGAAAAUGUGGCCCCUCUUCUUUCUGCUGGCACCUUGUGGGUUAUUUUGCUUGUUUUGUACUCUGAAAUUAAUCCAUGGUUGUGGCCGCUGAUCUGCGGAAGAUGUUAGAAACCAAGUUGUCUGGCCAGCUCUCUGAUGUUUAGUUAUCCAUCCUAAGAGAACCUAGUAAUUUCUAUGUUUGGUGAUUCCUUUGUGUACGUGAUGAAGAGUUUAUCUGGCUGAAAAAUGUAACAUUUUUGCUAGCUAGUAUAUGUUACAUUUUUUGAGUUGUGUUUUCGAUUUAUCACUGUAGUGAUGGACGAUGUCACAGAAGAAUUUUCAGGAUAACUCUAACGCCAUUAUCCCAGACUGCAGUUUGGAAACUCUAAAAAGUCACUUUAUGCUAUAUUGGUGUAUCUUCUGAAAGUUCAUUAUACACUUAUCUAGUUGUGUUCCGUACAUACUUUGACAGUUCACAUGAUAUUUAUACUUUGUUAUCUAGU